ACACACACACACACGGUCACACAAUGAAUAUAAAGCCUCGUUACGUGGAGCUGAGGGUCCAUCAGUGAGCAGCACCUCUCAGACGUCGACAUGAAGGUCGCAGCUCUUGCACUGACCGUCCUCCUGGCUCUGGGCAGCCACGCCUUCAACCUGCAGGCGGACGCGCCCACCCCGCUGGAGCACUACAGAGCAGCCGUCACAGUCUACCUGAACCAGGUUAAAGACCAGGCCUACAGGGCCCUGGAUCAACUGGAAGGAAGCGAGCUUGAGCAGUACAAGACGAAGCUGACCGAGAGCCUGGACAACCUUCAGAAGUACACCGAGUCCACCUCCACCUCCCUGAAACCCUACACCGACCAGCUGCUGGAGGCCACGCAGAAGGUGCGCGGGCACAUCGUGUCCGAGCUGGAGGACCUGAGCUCCCGCGUGGAGCCCCACCGCGCCGAGCUUCGCCAGGUGGUCCAGAAGCACCUGGAGGAGUACAACAAGCGCCUGGGACCCAUCUUCCAGGACUACGUGGUGCACAACCAGAAGGAACUGGACGCCUUCCGCACCAAGCUUCAGCCCGUCAUGGAGGAGCUCAGGCACAAGGUGGAGACCAACUUCGAGGAGACCAAGACCAAACUGGUGCCCAUCAUCGAGGCCGUACGGGGCAAGCUCACCGAGCAGCUGCAGGACCUGAAGAACCUGGCCAGCCCCGUCGCCGAGGAGUACAAGGAGCACAUGCUGAAGGCCGUCGAGGGGGUCAAGGACAAGCUGGCGCCCCACACCGCCCAAGUGCACGGCCACCUGGAGCCCUACAUGGAGACCCUGAAGGCGAGGUUCUCCACCAUCUACGAGAACGUGGCCGAGGCUCUGAACGCCUAAAGACGCUCCGGCCAGGACUUACGUUAUCAACACCACACACAGUUAUCACGCCUGUCAUGUGACCACGCAAAAUAAUAAUAAAAACACACAAUAAAAAUUAAA